AUGACACCGUCCUCAUUUCGCGGGCUCCUGUUGAGGAUUCUGACGACGAACAGGGUACCCUGGACCUUACCGACAAUUUCGAGGGGGAGGAAACUGAAAAAUUCGACGCGACGCUUGUGUAAUGGCACACCCGAUAUCCCACGAUUCCCUGGCCAGCUACCACAAACUCUUCACACUUUGCCAUUCAAGCUAGCUGACGUUGAAAGA